UGAGGAGUGAUGCUUCACCAAGAGCGAGUAGUCGCCAUUAUUCACCGACAUCGAUCAACGAACGUCUGAUCAAGAUAGGUCUGAUCAAAUCUAGAACAUGUUAAGUUUCCUAUCCCCCGGUUUUUAUACGCCUCCAAAUACGCCCGUGGAUAAGGACAAACGGAUCGACCCUGGUCCAUUGGAUCUCUCUCGUUUGAACAAGUCCCUCUCGGACAUCGUGAAUGACAAGAUAAAAGAGGCAAAGGCACGACCUCUUUCCACUGCAUCUUCUCACGUCAUGGACCCGUUCAAUCCCGUCGAGGAUGUCGGGCACCGAACGGAUGUCCUCGAUAUGAACUCUAACUAUUUAAACACCCCUCCAGAGAACCCCAAACAACGAUCGGAUAUUCAAGAGGCCCGCAAGAGAUUGCCCAUCUACCAGUUCCGUAGUCAAUUCUUGAAUGCAGUCAGGAACCAUCAGGUGGUUGUGGUGGUUGGCGAGACAGGGUCUGGCAAGAGCACCCAAAUGCCUCAAUAUCUCUUGGAAUCUGGAUUUCUACGAGGAAAGAUUGCGGUGACGCAGCCUCGAAGGGUUGCUGCCGUAUCGGUUUCCAAGCGGGUGGCAAAAGAGAUGGAAUGUCGACUGGGUGAUCAAGUGGGUUAUUCCAUUCGCUUCGAGGACGUGUCGAGUCCUCAAACUGUUAUCAAAUAUAUCACGGAUGGUCUUCUUUUGAUGGACUGCCUCAAAGAUCCCACCUUCUCGAGUUAUGAGUGUGUGAUUCUCGACGAGGCCCACGAAAGGACGCUCCACACCGACGUACUUUUGGGUCUCAUCAAGAAGGCCUUAAAACACCGUCCGGAAUUGAAGGUCAUAAUCACCUCAGCCACGUUGGAUAUCAGAAAGUUUGCUGAUUACUUUCAAGCCCCUAUGAUCAAAAUCCCAGGAGAGAUGUUUCCUGUGGCCGUCGAGUAUCUACCAGUGGAUCACUUGACAAAGAACCGACCCCUGUGGAUCAAGGCUGCAAAUCCCACACUGUAUUUAUCCGAAGUGAUUCUCAAGGUUAUGGAGAUCCAUCAGAAUUGCCCUUUGCCUGGCGACAUUCUGGUAUUCGUGCCAGGUAAAGAAGAUGUCGAGCAAGUUUGUUACGUUUUGUCCCAAAUCUUGAAACAAGAGACAGUGAUUCUCUUCCCCGUCUACGCGGCAUUGCCUUUUGAAGUCCAAUGUAGUAUUUUUGCUCCUGCCAAGUCCCACGUCCGCAAGAUCGUUGUCUCCACUAACAUCGCCGAGACCUCUCUCACCAUCGAUGGAAUCGUGUUCGUGGUCGACUCGGGACUAUUCAAGGAAAGUGUCUUUGACAAUGGAAUUGAGUCCUUGAAGACCACCAUGAUAUCUAAGGCCCAGGCCGAACAACGUGGAGGACGAGCUGGGCGAACAGCUCCCGGAAUCUGCUACCGAAUGUACACCAAAGGCGAUUUCGAAACCCUGAACUUGGCCGCUACACCCGCCAUACACAGGAUCGACUUCAUUGCCACCGCCCUUCAAUUGAAAGCAAUGGGCAUUCACGACAUUUGCGGUUUUGGAUUCAUGGAUUCGCCCAAACCUGGCCGAGUCAAACAUGCCCUUUUUCGCCUUCGUGAUCUUGGCGCACUGGACCGAGGAUUUUUCGUCACUGAACUGGGAUUCAAGAUGUCAGUGUUCCCGUUGUCCCCUAAUCUCUCAAAGGUUCUUUUAACCGCUGCGGAUAUGGGCUGCUCCGACGAGGUUAUGACGAUAGUUUCGAUGCUGUCCGUGAAUCAUCACAUCUUCGUGAGACCGCCAAGAUUCCAAAAGGAGGCAGACGCUUGCAAAACCUGUUUUAACGACUUCAAGGGAGACCACAUUACCCUUCUGAAUGUUUUUGCCGCCUGGAUUCAAAAUGAACAGUCCGAGGAAUGGUCCAAAGAGAACUAUGUGAACCAAAAGGAACUGGAACGGGCCCUCGAUAUUCGCUCCCAGCUCACAACCAUUAUGAAUGGGCGCAAUAUCCCGAUCCUAAGUUGCGGUGGCAGACGCCUUCACCACAUUCGUAUGGUCCUCUCCACUGGAUUGCCAAACAACAUGGCUUACAGAGACCACAUGUCCCAUAGUAAAGGGGUCUAUAGAACCAUGUCGGGCAAUAAUGUGGUCUUCAUUCACCCCUCAAGUGCAUUGUUCAAGCGAAACCCGGAACUUGUAAUCUUCCACGAGACCGUCACUACCAGCAGAACAUUUAUGAGGAUCGUUUCUGUUUGCGAGAGGUCAUGGUUGUCACAAAGUCAACGUCGAGUGAUCAUUCAAUUCUAAUCAGAGGAGAGCACCAAUGAUUAUCCCGUCAAUAUUAUGCAAUGAUUGAGAUUAUGGGGAACAAGAUAUGAAGAUGAUGAAGAUAAUAAAAGUGACCGAUCAAUGCAGGUUAGAAAAAUUGAA